AUGAAGAAUACUUCUCAAAUGCAUGAGCUGUCACAAAGACUAGUAGUAUUAUUCACAACUGAAAAGAAGAUUAUAUCAAACAGGAAACACUUCCCCUCAUCUAUACUACUUCCCCUACUAAUCCUAGCUACACAUUACUUGAUCAUACCUUCAAACUCAGAAAAAUGCCACCCAGAUGACAAAAAAGUCCUCCUCCAAAUCAAAAUACAACUUGGCAAUCCAACAAAUCUGUCUUCAUGGGAUCCAACUACCGACUGCAACCGCACAUGGUACGGUGUCGGAUGCGACACCGACACACAAACCUACCGCGUCAACUACCUCAGCCUCGACUUCGUCAACCUCCCUCAACCUGUCCCCAUUCCACCCUCCAUCACAGACCUCCAUUUCCUAACCUUCCUCUUCAUCUACCGCACCCCCAACCUCGUCGGUCCUAUCCCAACUUCCAUCUCCAAACUCACCAAACUCCUCUAUCUCACCAUCAGCAACACCAGUGUCAAUGCCAACACUCUCUCACAGAUCAAAACUCUCUUAACCAUUGAUUUCACCAACAACAAACUCACCGGUCCCCUCCCAGACACUCUCUCAUCUCUCCCUAACUUCGGUGGAAUAUCAUUCGACGGAAACCAACUCACCGGACCAAUACCGGAAUCAUACGGAUCAUUUUCAAAUUCCUUUACAGUGUUAAGUCUGUCAAGAAACCAGCUCUCCGGGAAGAUUCCGGCAUCUCUGGCGAAACUCAACCUUACGUAUGUGAACUUGUCACAGAACAUGUUGGAGGGUGAUGGUUCGGUUUUCUUUGGGUCCAAGAAACAGACUACUGAGAUAGUUUUGGCGAAGAAUUUGUUUGCUUUUGAUAUUGGGAAAGUUGAGUUGGCGAACGAUUUGAAGCAGUUAGAUUUGAAGAGGAACAAGAUCUAUGGUACGUUACCAGAGGGACUGUCGGAGCUGAAGUUUCUGCAUUAUUUUAAUGUGAGUUACAAUAACCUGUGUGGUCAAAUUCCACAAGGUACUAACUUGAGAAGGUUUGAUGAGUAUUGUUAUGCUCAUAAUAAGUGCUUAUGUGGUUCUCCUCUUCCUGCUUGCAAGACUUAGGUCAAAUUUGUUAGGCAUAAUAAACAAACACAAUGGCUUAUACUGCUACGAAUCUGGCCAAUUCUUAAGCUAGUCACCAUGUUGUGAGUUUUAUUCCUCAUUAUAUUGAGUACAUUUUGAUUAAUGAUAUGACUUAAUUUUUUUUUAUAAAGUAAAUAAAUCAAA